AUGACGAACGAGCUCGACCACAUCUUUGCCUCCCUGCCCACGGACCCUGCGCGCAAGCGCAAGCGCGGUGCGCCGGGGGCAGCGACUCACGGAGACGAUCGUGCGCCGCCGCACAAGCGCGCAGGUACUGCAUCGGCGCCCGCGUCCGAGGAACGCGGGGACGCCGCGGACGCUGCGCGCCGCCCCAAGGCGCCGCCGAGCGCUGCGUCUGCGUCGUCGGAUACGCCGACGGAUGGCAGCAAGAAUGCGCGCGCCGCUGAGUCCAAGGCCGACGCGCCGCGCCGUCGUACGCCUGUCGUGGUGCACGACACAUCGGCGCCUGCACGCGCUAGCGCUCCUGUGCAGCCGCGCGCGCGUCCCUCGGACGACGACGACGCGGCGUUUGCCGACUCGCGUGGCCGGGAUCGUAUCGGUGGCCUCUCCUUCUCGACCGCCACGAUGGACGCGCUGUGGGCCGAGCUGGCGCUCGUGCCGGGGUCCGAGGCGGACAAGCGCCGCGCGGAGAUCGAGGAAGCGCUGCUGAUGCCUUCGUGUGAGCUGGCGCGUUCGUGGAUGCUCGACGCGCAGCAGCACUGGGCGCGGCCGACGCGCUUCGAGACGAUGCUGGCUCUCGAUCCGUCGCCCAGCACAACGUCGCUGCAGUUUGUGCGCUCCGGCCUCGAGGGCCGGGUCGUCGGCUACUCGGAGGUCGUAUCUGGUGCCUCGCUGCACGAGCUGGACGGCUCGUCGCUCUCGCUGCACCGCCCCGUGUCGACGCAAAAGAGCUUUGUGCGUGGCUCGACGUCGUCUAUGCCGUUCCGCCCUGGCGGCCUCGAAGACGCUGUGGCGGCGGACGAGCCGGACAAGCGCCCGUCGGGCGCGCUGCGCACCGUCCCGCCUGGCUUCUCGCGCGGCCUGGCGCUCUCGCACGCGCCGCUGGAUGAGAGUGUGCCGACGUGGCGGGACGACCUCUCGCAGGCGUCGCCGGCGCACCUGGACCGCACGGUCAUUACGGUGGACAAGGAGGGUCUGUACAAGAUGCCCGAGACUGCGCCGCAGGCGCAGAACGACGACGCCCUCGUGGACGAGCUGCUCCCGGAGGAGUCGCUGCCGCGCAUCUUCCAGAGUGUGACCAAGGCGCCGAGCGAGGAGCGCCGCGAGUGGGCGCACAUGAUCCACACGUCGAAGCAGAUGACCAAUUUCCACGAGCUCGUGCCGGUCAUGGCGCACGAGUAUCCGUUCGAGCUCGAUACCUUCCAGAAGCAGGCCGUGUAUCACCUCGAGCAGAGCGACUCGGUGUUUGUGGCCGCGCACACCUCGGCCGGCAAGACGGUCGUGGCAGAGUACGCCAUUGCCCUCGCGACCAAGCACAUGACGCGCUGCAUCUACACGUCGCCCAUCAAGGCGCUCUCGAACCAAAAGUUCCGCGAGUUCAAGCACACGUUUGGCGCGGAGAAUGUCGGUAUUCUGACCGGCGACGUGCAGAUCAACCCCGAGGCUACCUGCCUCAUUAUGACGACCGAGAUUCUGCGCAGCAUGCGAGCGCGGCGUCGUGUGGGAGGAGGUGAUCAUUCUCCUGCCGGCGCACAUCAAUAUUGUGCUCCUCUCGGCGACCGUGCCCAAUACGCAGGGUACGUGGGUCGACUAACGCCAGAAUUCGCCGACUGGGUGGGCCGCACGAAGAAGAAGGACGUGUAUGUGAUAUCGACGCCCAAACGUCCGGUGCCGCUCGAGCACUUUCUGUUUGCGGGCAAGGAGCUGUUCAAGGUCGUCGAUGCACAGGGCCGCUUCUUCGCGAAGGGCGUGCACGACGCGGCCGACGCCCUGCGCUCGAAGCAGGAGCGCGAGGGCACAGCGCCAGGCGCCUCGGCGCCCGCGGCGCGCGGCGGCCNGCGCGGCGGGCCGCCGGGCCGUGGACGCGGUGCGCCGCAGGGCCGCGGCGGCUAUGGCCAAGUGGCGCGGCGCCCGGGCCAGGCCACCGACAAGUCGCUGUGGGUGCACCUCGUCGGCCUCCUGCGCAAGCGCUCGCUGCUUCCUGUCGUCGUGUUUGUGUUCAGCAAGCGGCGGUGCGAGGAGUAUGCGGAUGCGUUGCCCAACACGGACCUGUGCCAUGCGAGCGAGAAGAGCGAGGUGCACGUCGUGAUCGAGCGCAGCCUCUCGCGCCUCAAGGACGUCGACCGCAACCUGCCGCAGAUUACGCGCAUGCGCUCGCUGCUGAGCCGCGGGAUCGGUGUGCACCACAGUGGUCUACUGCCCAUUGUCAAGGAGCUCGUCGAGCUCCUCUUCCAGCGCGGCCUUGUCAAGGUCCUGUUCGCGACCGAGACGUUCGCCAUGGGCGUCAACAUGCCCGCGCGCUCCGUUGUGUUCAGCGGCAUCCGCAAGCACGACGGGCAGGGCUUCCGCAACCUGCUCCCGGGCGAGUACACACAGAUGUCCGGCCGCGCGGGUCGUCGCGGCCUGGACGCGACGGGCGUGGUGAUCGUGAUCGCCGAGGACCCCGACGUGCACACGCUGAACCACAUGAUGCUGGGCCAGUCGACCAAGCUCAAGUCGCAGUUCCGCAUCACCUACAGCAUGGUACUCAACUUGCUGCGCAUCGAGGCGCUCAAAGUCGAGGAGAUGAUCAAGCGCUCCUUCUCGGAGAACGCGACGCAGCGCCUGCGGCCCGAGCAGGAAAAGACGCUGCAGAACCUGCAGUCGAAGCGCGCGGCGAUGGAGCCAGAGCUCGCGGCGUGCACCCUGCCGUUGGACGAGCUCGAGCGCCUGUACGACCUCUCGGUGCAGGCGACGCGCCUCAGCGACGCAUGCCUCGCGCUCGCUGCGCACCACUCGCAGGGCGCCAAGAUGCUGGCGUCGGGGCGUGUCGUGCUGGUGCGCGAGGGCACCUAUGGGUUUGCGCCCGCGUUCCUCGUGCGUCCGCUGACGGGCCAGCGCUUCCUUGCGCUGCUUGCGCUCACGCCGGGCCAGCGUGGCUCGCGGGCGCGCAGCGACGCGCUGCCGCUCUGGAUCUCGUCGGCCUUCACCGCGCAGCUCGCCCAGGGCGAGUGGGUCGCGGAAGCACGCGAGAUCCCUCUGUCGAGCGUGGUGCUCGUCACGUCGAUCACCGCGUCGAUUCCCAGCGCGUCGAUCCAGUCGCGGCGUCCGUCGGCGCUGCGGCGCGCGCUUGAGCUGCUGCGCCCGCCGAUGGCCGCGAUCCACGCGCACCUGGCUUCCGCGUCGGAGCCGGCCGGCUACGCGGUGCUCGGCCUCGAAGUCGACUGGUCGCGCAUGCGCCGCAUGGACUUCCAGGACGCGCAGCGCGAGCGCAAUGCAGUGCUGGCGGAGCUCGCGCAGGUGCAGAGCCUCAUGGACUCGCCCGAGUUCCUGCGCGAGUACCAGGUGAUGCACCGCCGCAAGCGGCUCGAGCUGGACAUGGCGCGCGUGCGUGCCUCGCUGUCGAGCGAGAAUCUGGAUUUGCUGCCCGACUACCACCAGCGCAUCGACGUGCUCAAGGCGCUGCGCUUUAUCGAUCCCGACUCGGAGACGGUGCUGCUCAAGGGGCGCGUCGCAUGCGAAAUUCGCAGCGCCAACGAGCUGAUCCUCACAGAGCUCCUGCUCGACAACACGUUUGUCGAGUAUGCGCCUGAGGAGAUUGCGGCGCUGCUCAGCGUGUUCCACUUCAAGGACAAGACAAGCGUCGAGCCGGAGCUGACGCCGACGCUCCGCGAAGGAUACCAGCGCAUCGUCGAUACGGCCGACCGUGUGGCGGCUGUGCAGCUAGCGCACCAGCUGAACGCGGAAGACGACGCGUCGACGAUGCACAUGGGCCUCAUGCAGGUCGUAUACGAAUGGGCACGCGGUAUGCACUUCAACGACAUUAUGCAGCUCACAGACGUGGGCGAGGGCACCAUUGUGCGCUGCAUCACGCGCCUCGACGAGACGUUCCGCGAGGUGCGCGAUGCGUCUCGCGUGAUUGGCGACAUGGACCUGCUGGAAAAAAUGGAGACGUGCCAGCAGCUGAUCCGCCGCGACAUUGUGUUUGCAGCCAGUCUCUAUUUCUAG